AGAAAUUAAAAAUGGUUGAUAUUGAAGGAUCACCAGGUAGUUCUAUGCAUGGAGUUACAGGUAGAGAACCAGUUCUUGCUUUCUCUGUUGCAUCUCCAAUGGUACAAACUGAUACCACUGCACAUUUUAAAGUUCCGGUCGAUUCUGAACACAAGGCCAAGGUUUUCAAAUUCUACUCAUUUUCAAAACCUCACGGUCUAACUUUUCAACUUUCUUGGAUUUCUUUCUUUACUUGUUUUGUUUCUACUUUUGCUGCUGCCCCUUUAGUUCCUAUUAUUAGAGACAACCUUAACUUGACCAAAAUGGACGUUGGUAAUGCUGGGGUUGCCUCUGUUUCCGGAAGUAUUCUAUCUAGGCUUGCAAUGGGUGCGAUUUGUGACAUGUUGGGACCAAGAUAUGGAUGCGCGUUUCUUAUCAUGUUAUCAGCUCCGACUGUUUUUUGCAUGUCUUUCGUGUCUUCGGCUGGUGGCUACGUUGCUGUGAGAUUCAUGAUUGGAUUCUCACUCGCGACGUUUGUGUCGUGUCAAUAUUGGAUGAGUACGAUGUUUAAUAGUCAGAUUAUUGGACUUGUUAAUGGAACAGCAGCAGGAUGGGGAAAUAUGGGGGGUGGAGCUACUCAGCUUAUUAUGCCUAUUCUCUAUGAUAUUAUUAGAAGAGCAGGAGCCACCCCUUUUACUGCUUGGAGAAUUGCUUUCUUUAUUCCUGGUUGGCUUCAUGUUAUUAUGGGAAUUUUAGUGUUAACUCUUGGCCAAGAUUUGCCUGAUGGUAACCUUGCUUCCCUACAGAAGAAAGGCGAUGUUUCUAAAGAUAAGUUCUCUAAGAUAUUGUGGUAUGCUGCAACAAAUUACAGGACAUGGAUCUUUGUCCUGCUCUAUGGUUACUCCAUGGGAGUUGAAUUGACUACAGAUAAUGUGAUUGCUGAGUACUUCUUUGAUAGAUUUGAUCUAAAGCUUCACACGGCUGGAAUCAUUGCUGCCACAUUUGGUAUGGCUAAUCUCUUAGCUCGACCUUUUGGAGGAUGGUCAUCAGAUAUUGCAGCCAAACAUUUUGGAAUGAGAGGCAGAUUAUGGAACUUAUGGAUUUUACAAACACUUGGUGGUGUUUUCUGUUUCUUACUUGGAAAAGCAAACACACUUCCUAUGGCUAUAGCUUGGAUGAUCAUAUUCUCCUUAGGUGCUCAAGCAGCAUGUGGAGCUACAUUUGGUAUUAUUCCUUUCAUUUCGCGUCGAUCGUUAGGUAUAAUCUCAGGUAUGACAGGAGCUGGAGGAAAUUUUGGUUCUGGAUUGACACAACUCUUGUUUUUCACAACUACAAAAUGGUCAACAGAAACAGGAUUGAGUUAUAUGGGGAUUAUGAUUAUAGCUUGUACACUUCCUGUAUCUUUGGUUCAUUUCCCACAAUGGGGAAGUAUGUUUUUGCCUCCAACUAAAGAUCCUGUUAAGAGUACUGAAGAGCAUUACUUCACGUCUGAGUACACUGAGGCUGAGAAGCAAAAGGGUAUGCACCAAAACAGCAUCAAGUUUGCUGAAAACUGUCGGUCGGAGCGUGGUAAGCGUGUGGGUUCAGCUCUUACUCCGCCUAAUGUAACGCCAAACCGUGUCUGAGCUUGAGUCUCACGGAUCAGUACGGAGAAAUAGUGAUUUUGAAAAGCUUACUUGCUUAAUUGGUGUUUGUAUCAACACAAUAAACGUGUGAUAUGUGUCUUUUAAUGAGCUUUAUAUUACCCAAGUGUGAGUAGUUAAUUUGUAUUAUCACUUUGUGUUGUGAGACUGAUCUUAAUAUUAAAACAGUUGAUUUGGUGUAAACUUUCA